UUAUUCUACCAUGACAUCCCCUGUGAAACUCUACGUGUACGACCUCAGCAAUGGUCUUGCUAAGCAGCUAUCGCUUUCGCUGACUGGGAAGCAAAUUGACGGGAUUUGGCAUACCUCGGUGGUCGUGUUUGGGAAGGAGAUAUUCUAUGGACAGGGUAUUUUGACCACCGCCCCCGGGAGGUCUCAUCAUGGACAACCGAUGCAGAUUGUGGACAUGGGAGAAACUGCGCUUGACGAAGAGACGUUUCAGGAGUACUUGAACGAGAUGAGGCAACACUAUACGGCGGACAAGUAUCAUUUAUUAGACUUCAACUGCAACUCCUUCACGAACGACUGCAUCGGGUUUCUAACCGGUCAAUCAAUCCCCUCAUGGAUCAAAGACCUACCCGCCGACUUCCUCUCCACGCCAUUCGGGGCAUCCCUUCGUCCCACCAUCGACGCCAUGUUCCGCCGUCCAACAGGCGACGCGCCAGCCGCCCCAAGCCCAGUGACUCCACAAGUCCCACAACAAACCCCGAACCCGCAACUGGCAUCUGCCCUCCUCCAAGCCGUUGCGUCUCGUGCAGCAGCCAACGCCAACGGUUCUCCCACCACAGCUUCUGGCUCUGGCUCUGGCUCUGGGUCACAAACCCCGUCCACGACCACGGUCGCUGCUCCAGUUCACAUCGCCACCAACCCGACUUCGUUCCAUUCGUUACUCGAUACACACCGGUGUGUUGUUGCGUUUUUCACGUCGGCGACGUGUGCGCCGUGUAAGAUGGUGGAACCUAUGUUUGAGGAACUGGCGCAUGCGAAGACCAGGGGAGGAGGGAGGAUUGCGUUUGUGAAGGUUGAUCUGGGCGUCGGUAUGGGCGGGGCGGUGGCAAGAGAGUAUGGAGUGAGUGCGACGCCGACGUUUGAAUUUUUUUUGGAUAGAAAGAAGGUACAUGAGCUCAAGGGUGCCAAUGCGCCUGAGUUGCGUACGCAAGUCGAUUUGCUGCUCUAUCAAGCAUACCCUCCGCACCCUCAUACAAAGCUUGACCUCCGUGAGAUCAAGAAGAUUUCUCUGGACCCCAUCCUGUUCACCCAAGUUCCCGCUCUGGACACAGUCAAGGACAAACUCUUCACCUUCAUCGACGCUGUAUCCUCUCCGAGCGUAUCUGAUCAAGCCAAGCAGCAAACCAAAGCCCUUCUAAACGGACAGGUCUUCCCCUGGCUUAAGAAACGGUUUUCCUCAGCACCUAAUAGUAGCUCUCAAGCUGGAGCCGCCACUCCCGCCAUCUCGGCCGCCUUUGGGAGCUCGUGUAAGAUGCUCGUCACAGCUCUACCCUCGUCAUCACUGUUCCCGCUUCUGGACGUCUGGCGUCUAGCGACCCUGGAACCCUCCCUGGCCACGGCGUCCUUGAAUUCUCUAUCCAUGCUUCUCGAGCAGAUGUCCUCGAGCGUGGGCACAGCGCCUCGUCCCACUCUCCUCACACUACUUCGGCUGCUCUCCAAUUGCCUCGGCUCGCCGUCCAUCUCUCGGUCACUUCUGACUCAGGAGAAGGCGGCCGUGACGAGCGUGGUGGUACAAUCGAUAUUGCAUGAGGAUAAAUUGGUGAGGGUUGCCGCGGCGAGUGUGGCGUUCAAUGUAGCUGCAUGGGUGCAGAGAGGACGGGUUGCGAGGAUACAAGGGGGUAAUGAGCCGAAGAAUGGAGGGAUGAGAGAGGACGAAGAGGAUGGGGAGUGGGAGGUGGAGCUUGUAAGCGCGAUUGUGGAGGCGUUGGAGAGGGAGAAGGAGAGCGAGGAAGUCGUUCACCGUUUGUCGGCGACGUUGGCGCUACUCAUCCGACUGUCUCCGGCCUAUGAGAACUCGCUGGUCCCACUGCUGGAGGUUUUGCAGGUCAGAUCGGCGUUGAGGGCGAAAGUAGAGGGUGAGGGAGAAGGUGGUAUGAAGUUGCAGAAGAAAGAGGUUAAGGCGUUAGUGCUUGAAGUGGCGGAUAAACUUUGCGUGUAGAGGCUGGAUACGGUACCCUUUUGUUAUUGUCUAUGUGUGUCGGACUGUGAUAUUCGUAUCUUUACUAUUGUUUGGGCCUUGUGACAUAGCUUACCGUUG